AUGGCACAGACACAUGAUUGGCAAAUGAUAGCAUUAGAAGGGGCAGAGGGCCAGAGGAACAUCAUAGAAAUUUCUCUGGAGAAGCGUCCCAAUGAAAUAAAUGGAGGAGGUGGAGAACAACAGUUACCAGAGGAACCAGCAGAAGGAGGAGAGCAACAGGUGCCAGGGGAACCAGCAGAAGGAGAAGAGCAUCAGGCACCAACUGAACCAGCAGUAGGAGGAGUUCUUCAGGUACCAGGGAAACCAGCAGUAGGAGGAGAGCAACAGGCACCAGGGAAAGCAGCAGGAGAAGGAGAGCAACAGGUACCAGAGAAACCAGUAGAAGGAGGAGAGCAACAGACAUUAGGGAAACCAGCAAAAGGAGGAGAGCAACAGGUACCAGGGAAACCAGCAGUUGGGGGAGAGCAACAGACACCAGGAAAACUAGCAAAAGGAGGAGAGCAACAGGCACUAGGGAAACCAGCAGAGGGAGGAGGGCAACAGACACCAGAGAAACCAGCAGAAAGAGGAGAGCAACGGGCACCAGGGAAACUAGCAGUAAGAGGAGAGCAACAGGCAUCUAGGGAACCAGUAUUAAAAGGAGAACAACAGAAGAAUUGUUCUAAACAAGAUGGUGGUACAUUAACAUCAAGUUUCAGCAAGGAUGCCAGGCAACAAGAAACUCUGAAGCACUCAGUGGAUCAGGACACAUCCGCUCAAGGUGAAAGAAAAAAGCCACUUCAUCAGUAUGCAGUUGAAAUUGAAAAUGGCAGAACUGCUUCAGAAAAUGGAAUGGUGAUCGAAGGACAACAAGAUUUGGAAGGAAAUUUGAAAAUGGGUAAUCAGCACACUUUACAGUCCAACCACGAUAGGUGA